AUGGACACACCUCGACAGCGCCCCAGAUAUGAGGGCUCAGAGACCAUUGACAUCGGUGACUGGCCCUGUCUUCGACGCAGUCAAGCGGUACAAUUGCCCCGACUGCUACAGGCGGCGACCAAGGCUACAUAUCCCCAUGAUGCCGAUCAACAGACCGGGUUGGCGACGACAUCUUUCGCCUAUUCGCUACUCCUCAAUCCGGCCAAGUCGUCGCAUACUGGCAUCUUGGCAGAUCGACUACGAAAGGCCAAUCGCCGCACCUUUUCUCACUCUCGGAAGGGUCCGAGAGGGGAUUAA